AUGACAGAUACUCCUCCAAACAUAGAAAUUGAAGAACCAAUUAUUCCUCCCCAUCUUGAGAACAAUCCCCACCAUCCCGCCAGUCCCUAUUACAUCCAACUUGGAGAAGGAGCUUCCUCUCCACUCGUACCAGAUUUGCUCACUACGGAAAACUACAUAACUUGGGCAAGAACCAUGUGCCGGGCCCUCAAUAUUAAGAACAAACUCGGUUUUAUUGAUGGAAAAAUCCUCAAACCCUCCAACAAUGCCGAUCCUCUCUAUACCCCUUGGGAACGCUGCAAUGACAUGAAUGCUCCAAGAAUCUUUCAACUCAACAAAUCCAUUUCAACACUUACCCAAGAUGAUGAUUUUGUAAGUCAGUAUUAUAACAAACUUAAGAGUUUUUGGGAUGAGCUGGAAAUAUAUGAACCUAUGCCAUCUUGUACGUGUGGAUCAAUGAAAGCACUGAUGGAAUAUACUCACCGAAGCAAGGUCAUGAAGUUUCUCAUGGGCUUACAUGAUUCUUAUGAUUCUGUACGAGCUCAAAUUUUACUAAAUGAUUCUCUCCCUGCUUUGAACCGUGGUUCCUCCUCCACUCGCCGAGAUCGUUUGUUUUGCACUCAUUGCAAUAUUUCAGGUCACUCAUUGGAGCGAUGUUUCAAAGCGAAUCCAACUUUACCAGUGUGUUCUCAUUGCCAUAUACCAGGACACACUAAAGAGAAGUGCUAUAGACUCAAUGGAUUUCCUUCAGGUCAUAAAAACCAUACCAAACAUAAAACAUUUGCUAACCAAUCUUCUCUUGAGCAGGAUCACAUCGGCAAUGGACCAUCCAUCACUCCAGAGCAGUACAGCCAGCUCAUUUCGUUGCUCCAAUCUUCUACCUCCUCUGUUCAUACACCUGCUGCCAACCAAGUUCUUACAAACCUCUCAGCAUCCGAGUCCCCUAUGUCUGGACCUUUCCUCUUGGAUGACGAUUGGAGUGGGGAAGGUGCAUAA